UGAGCCGAGCUGGCCGAAGGGUGAUGGAAUCGUGGCAAAUGUAGAAGCUUUGUGACUGUUCAGAAGCUGAGCGGUAGAAUAACUACUUCUUUUCGCCAACUUCAAAAACCGCCUGAUACCUUCCAUCAUUCACAGUCAUGGCGACGCCCUGCCAGCUGGCAGCAGCCCGCUCGCGCUCAAACGACACUGCCGUCGAGGCAACAUGUCCAAACCAGCCUCGUCAACUUACACCGUGCCAACUUCGACAGCAACUGGCAUGUUCAAGCACUGAAGGCUUACCCGCAUGGCUCAUUCCAGCCGACCGUCGCGGCUGGCGCCGCAUAGUACAAAACUUCACGCCAUCAUGGUUCGCCGUAACAAUGGGCACCGGCAUCGUCGGCAUCCUCUUCCACGCGCUAUCCACACUCUAUCCCUCAUUCCACACGCCCCUCAACAUCCUCAGCACCGUCUUCUUCGUCCUGAACAUCGUUUUAUUCGCGCUCAUCUUCGCCAUCAGCAUCCUGCGCUACACGCUGUACCCCGCCACCUGGACCCUCAUGCUGCAGCACCCCGUGCAGUCGCUGUUCCUCGGCACGCUGCCCAUGGGCUUCGCGACGCUGAUCAACCUCUUCGUUGCGUUGUGCGUCCCCGCGUGGGGCGGCCGCGCGCCCUACGUCGCGUGGGGCUUGUGGUGGAUCGACGUUGCCGUGUCGCUGGCGUGCUGUCUGUGGCUGCCGUUCCAGAUGAUGACGACGCACACGACGCGCCACGAGACGAUGACGGCGGCGUGGCUGCUGCCCAUUGUCGCGCCGAUUGUUGCAGCGGCGUCGGGCGGCGUCGUGGCCGCGGUGCUGCCGGAUCCGCACCAUGCGGUUGUUACGAUUGUUACGAGCUAUGUGCUGUGGGGCGUUGGCGUGCCGCUCGCCAUGGUGGUGCUGACCAUGUACUUCCACCGUCUGGCGAUUCAUAAGCUGCCGCCGCAGGAGGUGAUUGUCAGCGUCUUUCUUCCGCUGGGGCCGAUGGGUCAGGGCGGGUAUGCGGUGAUGCAGCUCGGUAUCCAAGCCGCGAAGCGCUUCCCCGAGACGGGGAUGCUGCACUCGAUGUCCGGCGAGAUCCUGUAUGUUCUCGGCUGGGCGGUGGCUAUGAUCCUCUGGGGCUUUGGGCUGGUGUGGCUGUUCUUCGCCAUUGCGUCCAUCAGCCGAAGCAGGUUUCCUUUCAACAUGGGAUGGUGGGGCUUUACUUUCCCAGUCGGCGUGUUCACCAUGUCGACGAUCACGAUUGGAGAAGAGCUGCCGUCGGCGUUCUUCAGGAUUUUGGGCACUGUCUUCGCAGUCAGUGUCAUGUUACUUUGGGGUGUAGUGGCUGCUGGGACAGUGAAGAAUCUGUGCUUUGGAAAGCUGGUCGAGGCGCCUUGUUUGCGAGAGAUGGAGCGUAGAGCUGCGGCGGCCGCAGCAGCGGAAGAGAAGGCCAGACAAGAGGUCUAGCCGCUCUUGAUGCAUUUCCACAUCGUUCUGUCCUCGUCAAAUGAUACCCAUUCCAUGAUGUUCUGCAAUACAAAUUCGAAAAUACAAUACUCCAAGACUUAAACUUCAU